UGAUUUUCACUCAAGAAGCAAAAAGGUAAAAAAAAAUCCAUGAGUUUCUGCACAUAACAGUUUCAGACGAACCUCCUUCUCCCAAAUCUCCCUCUUCUUGCGAACCCUAGAAAACACUGAACACUGAUCCUUCGUUCUCGCAAUUCCAAUGCAAAUUCUCCAAAACUAGGGUUUCUUCUUCUCCUUCCUCCUCUUCUUCGUGCUGCCAUGGUCGGAAAACCAAUGGCCACCGCUACUUCCCGCGAAAGGCUCGCGAGUCUCGUGAACUCUGCAAACAUGGCCAUUGACAUACCCUCCAAGCUCGAAUCGUUGCGCCAACUGAGACUCGAGCUUCCCCAGGAAGACCCCGUUCUUCUCACCGAGUUCCUCCCUUUGCUCUUCGAGUUCCUCUCCGACCACUUCAGCCCCGUUCGCAAAUUCGUCACUGAGAUGGUUGGUGAGAUUGGAUUGAAGAACACGGAAUUCUUGUCUGACAUUGUGCCUGUGCUGAUUGAUGUAUUGGAUGAUGAUACGCCUGUGGUUGUUCGCCAAGCUAUUCUGUGUGGAAUUGAUUUGUUUCGCUCCACCCUCCAGAAACUCGCGAUUCAGGGUAUAUAUUCUAGUGAUUUAGACGGUGCACUUGAAUCUGCAUGGUCGUGGAUGGUUAGAUUCAAAGACAAAGUAUACACAUUAGCUUUUCAACAUGGAAGUAGUGGUGCAAAGCUUCUGGCACUGAAGUUUGUUGAAGCAGUUAUUCAUCUUUAUACACCUGAUCCUAAUGGCUCCUCAGAACCCACUCCUCACCAAGGACGGAACAUGGAAUUUAAUAUAUCAUGGUUGAGGCGAGGUCAUCCUAUUCUUAAUGUUGGAGAUUUGUCAAUUGAAGCGAGUCAUAGUUUGGGUCUCUUGCUUGAUCAAUUGAGAUUUCCAACUGUGAAGUCUCUUAGUAAUGCAGUGAUCAUUGUGGUAAUUAAAAGUCUUUCAGCCAUUGCAAUAAACCGGCCAGCAUUCUAUGGUCGCAUCUUGCCGGUUUUGCUCAGUUUGGAACCUUCAAGCUCUGUAGUUAAUGGGGUCUGUGUAACUGCCGUCCAUCUUGCUUUAAAGAAUGCCUUUCUUAGCUGCUCGAAAUGUACACACCCAAGUGCUGCUCCGUGGAGAGAUCGUUUAGCAGGCGCCUUGAAGGAGAUGCAAUCUGAAGGGAAGGCAGAUCGGGUGUUCCACCUAAUCUCUCCAAGUAAUGGAAGUAUACAGAGAGAGAAGGAUGAUCAACCAGUUAUCAAGGAAGAAGAACCUGCAGUGAAUUCAUCUGAUUCUGUGCACAUUAAAUUGGCAAGAAAACGAUCAGGAUCACAAGACAGAGGUGAUUUAUCUGUAGAUGAAGAUGUGCCUGGAAAACGUGUCAGAACAAUUGUUGGUUUAACAGAACCUAAGAAAGAGUUAGAUGAUUGUGCUGUUAACUCUCAGGAUGACGCUCAUUCAACACCAACAUCAUCAAAAGGAGAUGUGGAGAAUGGGCCUGUACAGCAACUUGUUGCCAUGUUUGGUGCUUUAGUUGCUCAAGGUGAAAAAGCUGUUGCAUCUUUGGAACUUCUUAUCUCAAGUAUUUCUGCUGACUUGCUAGCUGAGGUGGUGAUGGCAAAUAUGCGUUACCUACCUCCAAACUACCCCCAUGCUGAAGGAAAUGAUGAACAGUUGCAUGAAAUUUGUAUAUUUGGUUCUGAUGACAAGGCUAAAUAUCCACCGUCAUUUGUAGCUGGUGUUAUGUCACUUUCUACUACUUUCCCGCCAGUUGCUUCACUUCUUGAGACCCAUCGAUCUGUGUCAAAUGAUGUAGUGAAGUCUCAUGAGGAGGAAGAAAUUUCGGCAACUGGAGUAGGCAGUGCUGUUGUGCAUUCUGGCAUGAAUCUUUCAGCUGUAAAUGUAUCAUCGCCUCCGGAUUUUCCAUCUUCUGAUGCAUGUAUACCUGGAGUUGAGAAUGGCAGCACGGCUAUGGCUUCCGAUAUCCAUGAUGUUGGAAACUUAGAGAGUGGAAUCCCUGGCUUGGAUUCUUGUGGUCGUAGUGAUACCUUGUCAGAAACUUUGGCUGCUUCCUCAUUGGCUUCCACUGAGGUACAAUUAGAAGAUGCAGAUCAAGAGCAAGUUACGAGUUUGGAUCAAAGGUCAUCCCUGAACUUAGUUCCAUCAAUAUCAACAGAUAGAUCUGAGGAGCUGAGCCCAAAAGGAGUUGUUACAGAUGCCAAUAGCAUUGUGUCCUCAACAGCUACAUCAGCUGUGUUGCCUUCCCGUUUAGUCCUGCCAAAGAUGAUUGCUCCUGUUGUUGACCUUGCAGAUGAACAAAAGGAUGAUUUGCAAAUGUCAUGUUUUAUGCGUAUCAUCGAUGCACUUAAGCAAAUAGCUGAAGCUGGAGGCUCAAAAGUUCGAUUUUCGAUACUUGCCUAUUUAGGAGUUGAGUUUCCCUUGGAUUUAGACCCAUGGAAAUUAUUACAGAAGCACAUUUUGAUUGAUUACACUAGUCAUGAGGGACACGAGUUGACAUUACGUGUCCUCUACAGGUUAUUUGGCGAGGCUGAAGAGGAGACUGACUUCUUUUCUUCCACGACUGCAGCUUCUGUAUAUGAAAGAUUCCUCUUAACAGUGGCCGAAGCGCUUAGAGAUUCCUUUCCACCUUCAGACAAAUCAUUAAGUAAACUGCUUGGUGAAUCUCCUUAUUUACCAAAAUCAGUUUUAAAAAUUUUAGAAAACAUGUGUUCUCCUGGAAAUGGGGAUAAAGUUGAAAAGGAAUCACUUUCAUUCAAUGCGGAUAGAGUUACUCAAGGUCUUAGUGCUGUAUGGAGUUUGAUUCUUCUCAGACCUCCCAUUCGAGAUACUUGUUUAAAAAUUGCUUUACAGAGUGCAGUGCAUCACUUGGAAGAAGUGCGUAUGAAGGCAAUACGUCUGGUGGCAAAUAAACUUUAUCCUUUACCAUUCAUUUCCCAGAAAAUAGAAGAUUUUGCGAAGGAAAUGCUAUUCAGAGUGAUGAGUGGUGAUGCAUCUGAAGCUACUGAAGCUGAAGGGUCUAUUGCUGUUUCACAAAAUGGGCCUGAUGUUGAAAAGCUUCCAGAAGAACCAUCAUCUUUGAGUGGCAGCAGUAAGGAUGUCUCCUCAGAUAAUCACCAACCGUGCACAUCUGACAAUGCUGUGCCUGAUUCAGUUUCUGAGUCUCAGAGAUGCAUGUCAUUGUAUUUUGCUUUGUGCACAAAGAAACACUCUCUCUUUCGCCAAAUAUUUGUCAUCUAUAGAAGCAUACCAAAGGCUGUGAAGCAGGCUGUUCAUCGUCAAAUUCCUAUAUUAGUGCGCACUAUGGGUUCAUCUUCAGAUCUCCUUGAAAUUAUUUCAGAUCCCCCAAAUGGAAGCGAGAAUCUCCUAAUGCAGGUGUUGAAUACACUUACAGAUGGUACAAUCCCUUCUAAGGAUUUAAUAUUUACUGUGAAAAGGUUACAUGAUUCAAAACUUAAGGAUGCUGAGGUCCUUAUUCCGAUAUUACCAUUCCUACCAAAAGAUGAGGUGAUGCCGGUAUUUCCUCACUUUGUGAGUCUUCCUUCUGAGAAGUUCCAAGUUGCACUGGGUCGCAUACUGCAGGGGUCAUCGCAAUCUGGUCCAGUGCUUACUCCGGCUGAAGUUUUAAUUGCUAUUCAUGGGAUUGAUCCUGAAAGAGAUGGAAUUCCCUUAAAGAGGGUAACAGAUGCAUGCAAUGCUUGCUUUGAGCAGCGGCAAAUAUUCACUCAAGAAGUUCUUGCUAAAGUUUUGAAUCAACUGGUCGAGCAGAUUCCGCUUCCUUUACUGUUCAUGCGUACAGUUUUACAAGCUAUUGGUGCUUUUCCUACACUGGUGGACUUUAUAAUGGAGAUUCUUUCUCGCCUUGUGAAAAAGCAGAUAUGGAAAUACCCUAAGUUGUGGGUAGGAUUCUUGAAGUGUGUGCAGUUGACAAAACCUCAAUCACUUGGUGUUUUGCUUCAGCUACCUAUAGCACAAUUGGAAAAUGCUUUAAAUAGAAUUGCAGCACUAAAAGCACCAUUAAUUGCUCAUGCUACCCAGCCAGAAGUACAAUCUACCCUUCCCAGGUCUGUACUGGUUCUUCUGGGAAUUGUUUCUGACGCACAGAUUUCAAAUCAGGCGCAAACUAGUCAAACACAGACCGAUGAGACAAGCCUCUCAGAUAAGGACACAGUAACAGAAAAAUCUAAAGAAUCUUCUAUAGCGAGCUAAACUAAGACUAGUUAACUGCGAGAAUCAAGUUAAACUAUCCUAUAUCAGAGACCAACAGCUACUAGCUAUCUCCAAACAAGGGGAUGAAGAGCUAGGAUUGAUGAAUUUGCCACCCUAGAUGGCCAGAUUGUUCAGAUGAAAAAAAGUGGCAUUAUUGUUGGUUGGGUGGGUUAUGUGCCAAGGGUUUCGCUCCUUCCUUUGUAAUUGUACCUGUGCAUUAGGCUACAACCUUGCUUGUAAAUUUGAAGGUGGAACAAAACAAUUUAUAAUGGAAUGGGAUGUGUAGUCUCAUAUUUUCAAAUUGGUUCUGAUGUAUUAUUAUGACUAUUCGCAUGCAUAUAUACCUUAUCUCUAGUGGUCGCAUAUAUACCCUAUCUCUAGUGGUUGCCUUUCAUGUAUCUAUGGUUAAGACGUGCAUCUGAGGUUUGCCUUUCAUGUAUCAGGUUAUUUUAUUAUUUCAGAUA